AUGCAUCUGCAGCACCUUUCAGCUUUGGCCGCGAUAGCAGGCUGUAUUGUUCAGCCUGUGGUCGGCGCACCCCAGAAGACCCAGGAAGGAACCUGCAAAAAGACCAAAGUUGCCAUCCUGGGAGGUGGUGUGGCUGGUAUAACCGCAGCCCAAACAUUAAGCAAUGCCUCGGUCCACGACUUCGCGAUCAUCGAGUACCGCGACACAGUCGGCGGCCGAGCCUGGCACAAGCCCUUCGGCAAAGACAAAGAUGGCAAGCCGUAUAUCAUCGAGAUGGGCGCCAACUGGGUGCAAGGCCUUGGAAAUCCCGGCGGUCCACAAAAUCCCAUCUGGGUCAUGGCUCAAGAGUAUGGGCUGAAGACCCACUACUCGAACUACGACAACGUUUCCACCUAUAACCAGCAUGGCUAUUCUGAUUACAGUGAUCUGCUGGAUGCCUGUGAUGAGGCCUAUAGCAUUGCUAGCGCGAGGGCUGGUGAAAUCCUCACUCAGAACUUGCAGGAUCAGACGGCCAAGUCUGGUCUUGCUUUGGCUGGCUGGAACCCCAAGCCGCAUGAUAUGGAGGCGCAGGCUGUUGAUUGGUGGUCAUGGGACUUUGAGGAUGCAUAUUCUCCUCUGGAGAGUUCUCUUGUAUUCGGCUGUGCGGGCGAUAACUUGACCUCGAACUACUUCAGUGACCAUGACAACUUUGUUUUGGAUCAGCGUGGAUUCAACCACAUUGUCAAGAAGCAGGCUUCAUCUUUCCUUAGCAAAAAUGAUCCCCGUCUCCACUUGAACACUGAGGUUACAAACAUCACCUACUCAGACCACGGUGUCACUGUGCAUAACAAGGAUGGUAGCUGUGUCGAGGCCGACUACGCUAUCUGCACAUUCUCUCUGGGCGUCCUGCAGAACGACGCCGUCCAGUUCUCCCCCGAAUUACCAGUCUGGAAGCAGGAAGCCAUCCAAAAGUUCACCAUGGGUACCUACACCAAGAUCUUCUUCCAAUUCAACGAGACCUUCUGGCCCGAAGACACUCAAUACCACCUGUACGCUGAUCCAGCCCAGCGUGGCUGGUACCCAAUCUGGCAAUCCCUCUCAACCCCCGGCUUCCUGCCAGACUCAAACAUCAUCUUCGUAACCGUGACCAACGAAUUUGCCUACCGCGCCGAGCGCCAGUCAGACGAGCAAACCAAGAAAGAAGCAAUGGAAGUCCUGCGCAAGAUGUUCCCAGAGAAGGACAUCCCCGAGCCAACGGCAUUCAUGUACCCGCGCUGGACAUCAGAGCCCUGGUCCUACGGCAGCUACUUCAAUUGGCCUCCUUCCACCUCUCUAGAGAUGCACCAAAACCUGCGCGCAAACACCGGCCGGCUGUGGUUCGCCGGUGAGGCUACUAGCCCGACCUUCUUUGGCUUCUUGCAUGGUGCAUACUUCGAGGGACAGGAUGCUGGCAGACAGAUCGCUGCUAUCAUGCAUCACCACUGUGUUAACGCUAACUCGACUAAGCUGAGGGAGUGUGGCCCUCGUAAGCAUUAUGAGACCUUGCAUGGUACUUCGCCUUAUUCCGAUUAUACUAUGCUUAAUGGUUGGGCUGUUAGUAGCUUUAUUGAUACCAACACUGAUUAA